CAGUCGACCACGUUGGAGGAAGUCUCUUGACACUGGUUCCUCAAAUUCCUACUGCUCGAGCGUGUCUCGAGACUCAUGCAUCGCUAACUAGAUGCCACGAUGUCUGCCUUCUCAUGCCUCAGUCCGAUAGGUCCCAGAGCUCGUUUCACCUGCGAUCAACUCCCUCGCAGUCCGUGGAUACGCGCUUGUCCGUCAGUAACGAUUCGAUGUCGAACUCCGACACGCCCACUCGUCAUGCCUCCUUCCUGCGGAAAUUGGGACCCCGACGUGCUCGCCCCAGCGCCGCGUCCGUAGCUGACUUGUUUGUCAGUUCGCUCGUGAUAGCGGGUCACUGUCGCGAGCACGCCCCUCGCACGAGGGGGCUGUCGACCAUGUCGUGGACGACACCGCAUGACGCAGUGGGGAGAUUGAACGGCCGGGGGGUACACACUACGAGGCAGUUGUCCCAGGCGCGCUUGGAUUGUCGCAGGGCGACGGGAGAAUGUCUGCAGGUGCACCGGGCGAGGGCGCAGCGGAUGUUUAAUUCUGGGAUUGCACCCAAGGUCGAGGAUGAUACGGAGGGUGGUCGCGCUGUGGAGGGACCGUUGGGGGAUAAGGUCUGGUCGGAGCGACACGAUGCAUAUGCGCGGUCGAAACCGACACAGUGUGUGAAAGCAACAUCAUUACUAGAGGCGGCGCCUACGAUAGACACGGCUGGGUUUUAUAAUGAACCCGAGGCGGAAUCAACUACAAUGGAUACGGCGGUGGAGGAGGAUACACCAGGGACCCGGCCAAAUCUACUCGGGAGGCGGGAGGACUCUCGCUACGCGCGGAGGACGGAUGCCAAGGAGGAGUUGCGAGGCUCGACCUCCCAAUUAUACAAGGCUAUAUUCGGAGACUCGCUUGACUGGAAGCAAGCAGUUGACCGGGCCACCGACGACGCCAUGGCCAAAGUGAAAACACGCCCGGCAUCCCCGUCGGUGGAGGAGCUGGUCGACGCCCUGUGGAGUGGAACGAAGUCGAACCAAUACCUUUUUCGGCUGUACAGAGAACUCCCGCAGCCGGGAGUCUCGUACCUUUCCAAGAAAUCCUGCGGCUUGCUUUUACGCCGAUUCGCCGAUCCCGGCAAGCGCCGCUUGGUAGACGCUCGCCGGUAUCUCGCAUUGAUAGAUGAUAUGAUUUUGGCCAACCUCCCCCUCUCUCGCUCCCUAUGGACCUCCGCAAUCCAUCUCGCCGGGCGAACAUCCGGCAAAGUGUUCAAAGAAGACCUGGUGCGGUCGAUCGGGCUUUGGCAACAGAUGGAACAUGUGCGCGGGAUCCAAGCGGACAACGUUGUUUUCAACUACGUGAAGCGUGGGAUCGUCUUCCACCGUGCGGGCAAAGUCACCGAGAUCUUCUUCUACGGGGCGGUGGGCGACGUUGAGGCGAUCCGCCGGUGCUUCGAUGAAUUCGUGGCGAGUGGGGAGAUUGUGGACACCGUGGUGAUGAACUGCCUCUUGCGGGCCUUUCUCAAAGCCGGGGAUCAUGAGAGGGCGGAGCAACUGUAUCAGAGCAUGGUCGCGGCGCAAAGGACUUUGAUCCUGGACGGUGACCGAUGGAUUCAUGGCAAGGGGAGACUCACGGCGGAAUUCGCCCAGUAUCGCAAGCGGAACAAGGAAUUAAAUCGCCUUCUUCAACUGUCGGGCGCUCUCAAGGACCGGCUCCCCGAGCACCACCGAGCCCUUCAGAAUGCUUUUUCCAUGGUGCCUGACACGCGGACGUUCCACAUCCUGCUCUCCCACCAUGCCCACCACACCGGCGACAUACAUGCCUUCAUGUCCGUCGUGCAGGACAUGGAAAAAACCUUUACCGUUCCACCGCGCGGCAUGAUCUACACUAUGCUUUUUGAAGGGUUUGCGAUCAACGCGCGGAAGAGGAGGGGGUGGACCAGCGCACGGCUGCAGCAGUCCUGGGAAGUGUAUCUCCGCGCUAUCUACGAGUCGAAAGCCAGGUUUUACGACCGCGUCCACAACAGGCAUCUCGUCUGGGAAAGCCCCGUGAAAGACUGGAUGGCUACAGCAACCGCUGGAAGCCAGGUUACCUUGCCCAAAGUGCCCAAAGGUCUCUACACCCCGCUACCCACCGAACAAGACAUCCUCGUGGAAACCCGCCUAAGCGAGAUGACGGAAAAGCCCAGCGAGCCGGCGGAAGACGACAGCCCUUCUCUAUCCGAAGCGGGCGAUCCGCCGGACGCCGAGAGGGCGGACCACCUCGACCACGAAGAAAUGUUCGACCCACACGCACACAACCUCCAAGACGACCAGGAUCUCCUCGACGGACUAGAGCACCGCAUCGAGAACGGCGUGUUCCUCGGUCGCCGAAUGAUCGUCACAAUCCUCCGAGCAUUCGGCUCCUGCUGUGGGCCGCGCGAAGUGAUGGACGUGUGGCUGAAGAUCGAACAUCUCUGGCAGCCGCAACGCCGCAAGGCGAUUGACGUGAUGAAGGUGCGCGAGGAGUUAGACAAGCAGAUCAACAUGGGCCAGGAGAGGUAUUGAGCGAACCUCGAGCCGUGUAUUGUACUCUUUGAUUAUUUUUUUG